GUAUAAUACGAUGCACACGGUGUUGAUCGUUUCUAUUAUUUCGCUAGGUACACCGGUUGCAUCGAUUCUCUCAUUCGAAUCAUUAUUUUAAUCGAAUUUUUGGUUUUUGCUUCAGCCGGUGUUGCCAGUUGAACAUGCGCUACUUUUCCACCUAUUCAACUUUAAAGAUACCAGAUCUUUUUUCGUUCUAGACUGUAGGUGUAUAUGCGUAUAGUUUCAUUGAAAAUGCUUGUUCUGUAUUCUUUUUUAUUUUCGAACGAUUAUAUUUGCAACGUCAAGUUAGAAGUCACGAAAACUUGUUAGAAUUUUCAUUAAAUUAUUGUUCGGGUAUUUCUUCUAGUGAUUUUCGUGUUUACGAAUAUUUAUGUAAAUUAAAUUGUGGCGACCUCUUCGAUAGGGACAAAAAUUGUCUAAACACGUACACAUGUACAAUACGUACGUACGUCGCUACUUAUUAUGAUAAUAACGUUCCACGUGCUUUGCUGUUAACAGUUUAUUAUUUUCGCGCGAUGCGAGUAAUACGUUCGUUAUAUUGUUAAAAAUUUCUAACAUUCGUCGUCACGAUGCAAGUGUCUUGUCCCAACAAUGUGAAAAUUUAUAAUUUAAGCGCUGGAAAGUCUCUUCCAGAGUGGUUAACUGAACGCAAAAGGCGAAAUUUAUUAAAAAAAAAUGUUGAUAUACGGCGACGUAUUGAGCUUAUCCAGGAUUUUGAUAUGCCUGGAAUUAGUAGUAACAUUAAAGUUUCUAAGGAUGGACAAUACAUUAUAGCGACAGGAAUAUACAAGCCACGUGUGAAGUGUUUUGAAGUUCAAAAUUUAUCACUAAAAUUUGAAAGAUGUUUCGAUGCUGAGGUUGUAACUUUCGAUAUACUUUCUGACGACUAUAGCAAGAUGGUAUUUUUACACUGUGAUCGAACUAUUGAAUUUCAUGUUGCCCAUGGGAGAUAUUAUAGGCUAAGAGUACCACGUUUUGGAAGGGAUAUCAAAUAUCAUUAUCCCCUGUGCGAUCUUUUUGUGGUCGGAGAUAGUAAUGAGAUCUAUCGAAUAAAUCUUGAAAGAGGACAAUUUCUACAGUCCUUCGUGACAGAUGCAUCGUCAAUAAAUAAAUGUGAAAUAAAUCCAGUACAUCAACUUAUUACUAUUGGAACUCAAGAAGGGAAAAUUGAAGCAUGGGAUCCACGAGUAAGAAACAAAGUGGGUACACUGGACUGUGCUUUGUACUGUGUUGGUCAAAACAAUAAAGUAGAAGCGGUUCCUGCUGUUACUAGUUUAAAGUUUCAAGGAGGAUUAACAUUAGGAGUUGGCACAUCGACUGGACAAGUAUUAUUAUAUGAUAUUCGCUCAAGUAAACCCUUUUUAACAAAGGAUCAUAUGUAUGGAUUACCAAUCAAGAAUAUAGAAUUCCAUCAGACAAUGGAUAUGGUUUACUCUAUGGACAGUUCUAUUGUUAAAAUAUGGGAAAAAGAUAGCGGCAAAUUAUAUACAUCGAUUGAGGCACAAAAUGAUUUCAACGAUUUAUGCGUCGUACCAAACACUGGAAUGCUUCUAAUGGCUACUGAAAAUACAAAAAUGCAGACAUAUUAUAUUCCUACUCUUGGACCUGCUCCCUAUUGGUGUAGCUUUUUAGACAAUCUGACGGAAGAGUUAGAAGAAUUAAAUUAUGAAACUAUUUACGAUGACUAUAAAUUUGUUACCGAAAAGGAAUUGGAUGAGUUAGGCCUAGCGCAUUUGAAAGGCACUAAUUUACUUAGGGCCUAUAUGCAUGGCUACUUUAUCGAUAUUCGGCUAUACAAGAAAGCGAGAGAUGUGAUGAAGCCUUUCGAAUUCGAGGAAUAUAAGAAACGAAGAAUACAACAAAAAAUACAAGAAACUUGUGGCAGCAGAGUACAGAUUCAAAAGAUGCCAAGUGUAAAUAAAGAACUCGCUUUGAAAUUAAUGGAUGCUGAAUCAAACGCAAAGAAAAAGAAGAAUGCGUCCAAUAUUUUGAAAGAUGACCGUUUCAAAGCACUGUUCAGUAAUCCUGAUUUCCAAGUGGAUACAAAUUCGGAGGAGUAUUCCUUGUUAAAUCCUGUUAUUUCUCGCCUCGACAAAACCAGAGCGAAAAAAUUGGAAGCUCAAUUGGCCGCGGAAGAGUUACAACGAAACAUGGAAAUUGAUGACAAAGAGCAAGAUCACAGUUCGGAUGAAAGUUUCAUUCAUGAUGAUAGUAGUUCGGAUGACGAAAGAGGAUGGGUUAAGGAAGUGAAAAAACAAUAUCGGUUAAUACGGAAGAAUGAAAGGGAGAACGAAGAAAAAGAGGAAAAUGCGAAUAACGAUGAAAGUUCAGAAAGUCGUAGCCAUCUUUAUGAAAUCAAAGACGGUGUAGAAUUUAAAGACGCGAAACCGAUCGCACAGAAAAAGAACAAAGCUACCCUGGGAGAUAGGUUGAGAAACGAAAACAUUCACGAUGUUAAAAUUUCUGGUGCUCGUGGUAACCGAGAAAUGACUUUUCAUGUGGAAAAGGCAAGUUCGAACAAUGAAUCCAAAAAUGGGAAAGAUCCUCCUCAACAAAAUCACGAAGAAACGACACAAGCAUCUACACCAUCCGGAUUAUCAGACCUGCAAAUGCAAAGCACAGAAGUAGGUGAAAUCACGGAAAUGCCAGAUUUCGAGAUGCUGAGCACAUCGGCAGUACUCCAUUACUGCAAACAUAAGAUACUGAGGCCGUAUCUAAGGUUAUUAGGCGUUAUGGGAUUGAGACCAAUGAGUACUGAUGAUUCCGAACGUUAUUCACGUUAUUGCAUUCUUGUGAAUCUCCAUACCUUUCAAGUAACAAUAUUUAUGUGCAUUGGAUAUAUUUUACAGUUCAUGGCAUGCUUUAGAAGAGACCGUGGUUUUUGUUAUAAAUCGUCACCAUUAGAAGCUGAACUUCCAUCAAAUACAAGCGAAGAUGAAGUACCACAGAUUGGUUGCUUUGGCAAUGUUGUGUUCAGCUAUUUCGUUCCGAGUAUAUUACACUUAAUAGCAUACUUGUAUACCGUCUACCUGUUUCGAAUUAAAGAGAACGAGCAGCUACAAAAUUUAAUGGAGAGAGCGUUUCUUCUCUCCUCUAAUCCUGUGAAUCGUGGAAAUCAACGGAGACUCGUGCGAAUACUAUGGUUAUUCAUAGCAUUAAGCGUGGUGUGGAUAAUUACGGCACUACUUACAGUAAACGUUCUAAUGGCCCGAGGAGUUAUUGUAUUCCAGUGGUUGGAGCACAGCCCGUAUCAAGUAAAAAUAACGUUGAAGGUAUUUUUAAUCGUAUGCACGUUGUGGCACGAUAUGGUGCAAGGAACGAUUAUAACCAGUUACUGUUUGCAAGGACAACUUUUAUUGGCGCAUCUGUACUUCCUUCGCGGGAAAUUACUUCAUCAUACUUUAGCACCCAUUGAUUGGAUGCGGGAAAUUUGUGAGUUCAAAAAAUUGUUGAAAUAUUUUAAUGACGAAUUAGGCCCAGCUGUAUGCAUAUAUACCGUUGUGAAUUUAUCGUGGGCUGCAGCGGGAACAAUAUGGUUGCUUCAAUAUGAUAAUAGCGACCCGCAACGUAAUUCUGUCACUUGGGUCGGAAUACUGAAUGUUAUUUUAUGGAUUUUAAUAUCGAUAGCUCCAUUUAUUCAGGCAGCUCGUUUAACUACUGCUUGUUCGAUGAUACAAAAUAUUGGUCACGAAGUGCGUGUUCGACCAUUUGUUUAUCAAUGCACGCCGGGUGAAGAUCUGGAUACCAUACUUCUGUACACAUCGUCGUUAAAGAUGUGUGCUAGACUUUUCAGAGUACCAAUCACAGGUAGAUAUCUUUGCCUUCUACUGACUGUAAGCAGCAUCGUGAUUCUCACGUUAGGACUGUGCCAAUUUCUCUAAUCGCAGUAUUACGUUUAAGUUAACUGUAAAUAUGCAAGAUACUCUUUUUAUACAUUUCUCAUUUUAAACAUAUCAUGUAUUAAACCCAGUCUUAAUGUUCUAUAACAUCCCUGUUCAAGUCAGUUCCUUUUUUGUCUUGUCAUUUAUUUAGAUCGAUUUUCACAAUUAAUAAAUAUUAUACAUUUUAACUACUGUAUAUGUAUAUACUGUUUGUUAGUGGUAUGCAAGAUUUUAUAAUGUAUUAUAUGCAAU